AAUCCCUUGUAAUCUAAUUAUUUCAAUAUCAAAAAUUCAAUUAUUUGUGAAUAUUAAAAAUAUAAAUUUUGUUAUUUUUGGUAAUCUUAAUCAAAUAUAAAUAUUCCACAAAUGUCAUUUAAUCCUCACGAAAUUCUUUUUAGAUUAAGGAGCUAAUAGCAAAACACAAAUUCAAAUACAUCAAAUUCAUAGGAGCCACGCUAAGCUACAAAUAAUCAAUCAAAUAGAGCUAAUUUUGGCAAUACUUUCACAAAUCAAGGAAAUAAUAACUAAAAAUCUGAUAUAAACAACUUUGAAUCAAGAGAUAAUUAUGGGUAAUAACAAUAAUUCUAAUAAUAACCAUUCAAUUAAGCCACAUAUAAUAAUUAUUAGUUGAAUAACCUAUAGAGUUAGAAAAAUUAAUUCAUUAGUAUUGCUAAUAAUUUAAAUAAUAACCAAAAAAAUAAUUUUAAAGGAAGUGUUCCAAACUCAAAUUCAGUAGACAUGAAAUAAAAAUCACAAAAUCAACAUAGUACUUAAUAAGGUAUACUAUUUAACACUAAUAUGUAAAAUAAUGAAGAAAAUGUGUAAACAUAAGGUGAAAGUAAAGCUGUAGAUAGUAAUGGUAAUCCUCUAGUAGAUUACCUAUUAACUAAGGUUAAUCUUUUAGAAAAAAAUGUUAUAGAGCUUUAAUCAAAAAAUAGCUAGGCUAAAUAAUAAGCAUCAUCCCCAUAAAGAAGGGUAAAAACAGAAGUAAUAUAUGAUGAAGUUGCAGAAGUUAUUAGCAGAGAGCCAGUUGAUAAAAUCUUAUAAAAAAAGGAAAAAAACUUUGUUCCUUUUGCUUCUAAAAAUUCAAAACGCUUCAGCCAGCCUAAAGUAGCAGGUAAGCUUAACUUAGAGUAACUAUAAAAAAUUAUGAAUGAAUAUCCUUAGCUUUAGAAGCCAAUUAUCAACAUAAAACUCACAGAAGAAGAUUUAAAUUGA